AUGACAGGGGGAGCAGCUGCAGCCUCUAAAUUGGGCGGCGCGGCGGCGAUUAAGUACGUCGCGGCGGGGUGGGCGGCAUUCACGGGGACGCACCUGGCGAUGUCGCACCCGCCCGUGCGCGAGGCGCUGAUCCACCAGCUGGGCGACGAGGGCAAGUUCCGCGGGCUCUACUCCGCCGUGUCCUUCGCCACCUUCGCCCCCACCACGUUCCUCUACAUCAGGUACGCGCGCGGGCACGGCGUGGUCCCCGGGUGGACGGCGCUGGCAGAGGGCAACAAGGCGGCGCACGCGGGGGGCGUGGCGCUGAAGGUGGCGGCGGCGGUGAUGUUCGGGCAGGCGAUCUCGACGCCCAACCCCAUCAUGGAGCGCGCCAUGCGCGCCGCGGACACGGGCAAAGACAAGGACAAGCAAGGGGAGCAGAGCGAGGGAGAGCAGCAGGGCAGCGAGGUGGCAGUGAAAGGCGUGUACCGCAUCACACGCCAUGCGCUCUUCACCUCCCUCGCCCUGCUCGGUGCUGGCAACAUGCUCACACGCCCCUUCGCUGGUGACAUGGUGUACUGGGCGGGGUACCCGCUCAUCUGGCUGCUGGGCUGCCCCCACCAGGACAUGCGGCAGCACGGCCAGCUGCCCGACCAGUUCUUCAAGGAGACCUCCUUCCUGCCCUUCGCAGCCAUUGCUGAGGGCAGGAACUCCCUCAAAGAAGCUCUCAAGGAAUUCAACAAGCCUGGCUGUUGGCUGGACGAACAUGUUGCGAUUCGCGCUGCUCCAACCACUUCUAAAUCCCUGCGGCGCUCCCUCACCGUGCUUCUCCCCGCUCUCCUCGCGCUCGUCGCGCUCCUCUUCUUCGUCGGCGCGUUUCUGAUUCUCCGCCUCCUGCGGCUGCUCUCCUCGGACUCACUACUACGCACGAGCGCGGGUCCCAUCGCUGCCGCUGCCGCCUCAUCGCACGUCGUUGCUGGUAUAGGCAUGCUCGCUGCCGCAGCAGUAACAGCAGUUCGAGAAAUGGUGACGGAUGGAGUAUCUUCCGUGGUCGACGCCACGGCUGCCGCUCUCUCUCCCUCUCUCACUGCCAGCAUCAGCAGCGCAUGGCUGCUCGCUCCCAGCCACCUCGUGUCUCCACCCCUUUCCUAUUCCCUCGCCCUGCUCUUCUCCUCAUCCCUCUCUUCCUACAACUCCGCACCGCUCACCUCCCCACUGGUCAUCCCUUCCGUUAUACCCCCUCCAUGUCUCGCCUCCCCCCUAGCCAUGCUCCUCCUCCUCUGCUCCCGCUCACUCAAACGCCUCUCCCUCUCCCUCCUGCGUCACACCGCUUCCCUCCUCCUCUCUCACUCCCAGUCCAUCCUCUACUUCUUCCUCCUCCUGCUGCUCCUCCAAGUCCUCGUUACAGCACCACUCGCUGCAGGCGUCAGGAAGUUGGUAACUGUGUGCCCCAUGGGAGCAGAGGAGGGAAAGAUAGCACUCAUGUGCCAUGCAUGGCUGCUCUUACUCCUCUGGCUUUCCGCCCAACCGCUCGUCUUGCUCCUGGGCCUGUGGGCCAUUGUUGUCUUGCUCCUCGUUGCUGCCCUCGUGGGCCACAGGGACGAUAUCCACCGUGGAAAGCACGCUGUGGAAAGUGCUGUUGGGGGCGAUGCUGCUGCUGCCUACCCUGCUAUUGCGAGUGCAGGCGGUAUCGCAGCAGUCGCAGCGGUCCCCACGCAUGCUGCCUUGCCAGUGCAUGUGCCUCGUGUGCCCUCGGCGACUGGCAUCACCUCUCAGCCCCGGCUCUCACAGCUGCGUGGCCACCUGCCUCUGCUGGCCCAGGCACUCAGGCUCGUCCUCACUCGCUCCCUGGGCACGGCAGCAGCGGUGGCGCUGCUGUUCAUCGUCUCGUAUGUGCUCUGCAUCGCACUCAACACCUGGCUGGCUGAGUAUGUGUUUGCCACCUUGGGGGUGCCGGGACUGCUGACGGGCGCUGCUGCCAUGCUGCUCACCGUGGCGCAACUGAUGGCCGUGCAGCUGCUCACCUGUGGCGGGCAUCACAGUGAGGAGCGUGUGCGCUUCUCUUGA